AGGCAUCUCAGUAGUGCUGUUCAGAGGGGAAUCUUCUCAUCUGCCAUGGCGUGGCAAAUAUGAAAGGGCUUGCAUAGCUAGGGAGUAACAGGUUUAAGAGUUUAUGUGACAGGUCAGUAAUAUGGAUAUAAAGUGGGGACAGUAAAGCUGGACAGCAUUGGUAAAAACCUGGGCUAGAUCUUGAUGUGCUGCACCGUGAGUUUGGUUUUUCUGGAGGAUGAACUUUGCAGUGUUCCAUUUGCUCCACAUGUCAGCCACAAGACACAAUCAACACCAUGUCAGAGCCUGAAGGAUUAGCUUCUAGUUCCCACACUUUCAAGACCAAGACAUUCAAGAAGCCCAAAACCUGUGUUACCUGCAAACAGGUGAUCAACAAAGACGGAGUUUCAUGCAGAGUUUGCAGAUUAGCCUGUCACAAGAAAUGUGAAACAAAGGUGUUAACUCCCUGUUUGCCACCGGUCAACUAUGAACUGCCAGAUAAUACAGAUUCAUUCGUACGUCAUGUAGCCAGGACGACAUCAAGCACUUUUCCAAAGAGUUCAUCUUUCAGUUGCGAUAAAGUAUCUCAAAGUGUGGAUCACAUUAUGGAGGAAGGCUAUGAACUUGAUCUGACUUACAUCACCGAACGUAUAAUUGCAGUUUCCUUCCCCACUGCAUGUUCAGAGGAAACCUACCUCCAUAACUUGCAAGAUGUUACACGCAUGCUUAAAUCGAAACAUGCAGAUAACUAUUUGGUGUUCAACCUUUCAGAAAAAAGAUGUGAUCUCUCCAAACUUAACCCCAAGAUCAUGGACGUGGGCUGGCUUGACCUUCACGCCCCCCCUCUUGACAAGAUGUGCACCAUCUGCAAGGCCAUGGAGAACUGGCUCAACAGCGAAUCCCAGCAUGUGGUGGUGAUUCACUGCAAAGGCGGUAAAAGUAGAAUUGGCGUUGUAAUCUCUUCAUAUAUGCAUUUCACCAAUAUAUCUGCAAGUACUGAUCAAGCAUUGGACCGCUUUGCAAUGAAGAAGUUUUAUGAUGAUAAAGUUUCGACUUUAAUGCAGCCUUCACAAAAAAGAUAUGUUCAGUUCCUGAGUGGUCUUCUGGCAGGUGCUAUGAAAAUGAAUACUUCACCCCUUUUUCUGCACUAUGUCGUUCUUCAUGGGAUUCCCAGUUUUGACAGUAGUGGAGUGUGUCGACCAUUUUUGAAAAUCUACCAGGCAAUGCAACCAAAGUACACUUCAGGGAUCUACAAUGUGGGCCUGGAGAAUCAAAGCAGGAUAUGCAUUGCCCUCGAGCCAGCGCAGCUGCUGAAGGGCGACAUAAUGGUAAAAUGUUACCACAAAAAGUACCAGUCAGCUACACGUGACGUUGUGUUCUGCCUUCAGUUUCACACUGGCUCAGUGCAAGGCUAUGGCUUAGUGUUUGGCAAGGAAGAACUUGAUAAUGCAAACAAAGAUGACAGAUUUCCAGAUUAUGGGAAGAUUGAGUUGGUGUUUUCAGGCAGUCCUGCGAAAAUCCAAGGUUCUGAGCGCUUGCAAAAUGAUCAUGGUGUGAUGGUGGAUUACAGCACUGCUGACCCGCUUAUACGGUGGGACUCCUAUGAAAACAUGAGCUCAAAUGGUGAAGUGCUGCACACUCAGGGGCCUGUUGAUGGGAGCCUCUAUGCCAAGGUGAGGAAAAAGAGCUCUUCAGACUGCAGCCUACCAGUGGGGGCCCAUGGGGUGGCAGUGACCAGCAGCCCUGACCACAGUGACCACACCUUGUCAGUCAGCAGCGACUCCGGCCACUCUACAGCAUCAAUACGGACAGACCACACCUCGGGGAUCAAGCGAGGACUUAGUAUGCAGGAAAAAGCUGAGCUUGACCGACUCCUGAGCGGGUUUGGCCUGGAGAACCCAACUCCCUCCAAGGAAAUGUCAGGAGGAAAUCAGCUGGGUGGUGUGCAACACAUUGUGCCUGCCCAGGUGCAUGUCAAUGGGGAGGUCAAGCUGAAGCACAGGGAGACUGACAUCCUGGAUGAUGAGAUCCCCAACCACGACCUUCACAGUGUAGGCAGCAUAGGCACCCUCUCGUCCUCUGAGGGCCAUCACUCCAACCAUCUUGGCCACUUUGGCUUUCACAAGAGCAGCCAAAACUCAUUGCUGUCAGAUGGCUUCGGCAGCAACACUGGUGACGAUCAUCAUACCCCCAUCGCCCCUGACCUGGGCAUCAGUGUGGAUGUCUAUGAAAAGGCCUUCAGCGAGGCUAAGCAAGGCUACCUGCCACAAAGAAACCCCUCUGUUUCCAUGACUACCACCCCCAAGCCUCAGGCUUUUGGACAGAGCGGUUACUCCACGCAGACCUGGGUCCGCCAGCAACAGAUGGUGGCUGCCCAGCAGUAUAGAUACUUGCCAUCUGAGAGUGAUGUGAGGUUCCCCCAGGAGAACAAACAGAGUAAGCUUGACUCUCAGCCCAAGCUUCCAAAUACCUCAACUAGAGGAAGCAGCAGCAAGGAUGCUGUGCAGAGAGGGAUAGUUGUUGGGUACCUUCCUAAUGCCAAUAAGAGUCCAAAGGAAACCAAUGGUUUGGACAACACCUGCAAGGAAGAGGAUUUGCCAUCCUCACCCACCAUGGAUAUUGAUCAGUCGAUUGAGCAGCUGAAUCAGCUGAUAAUAGACCUUGACCCCACGUUUGUGCCAAUACCUACACGUAUGAAUUCUGUAAAAAGGGGAGGCAUGGCUCAGAUGAAUGGAUCUGCUUCCAGUAAAGAAGGGGUUGCCUCCACCAAUGGAAUGAACACCACACUUCAGGGAAAAAGAGAAGUGGAGAUUUCACAAAACAUUCACCAACCAGAUGUGCAAGCUAAUGAUGCAACAAAUGGAAGGACAAGGAAACUAAGUGUUGGUCAGUAUGAUAAUGAUGCAACAGGAACCUCAGUAUUCAGCAGGCCUGGGUGGAUGAAGGCUGAAAAGUCCCAGAACAUACUGCCAUAUACUACAAAUGUGCAAACUUCAGAGUGUACUUCAAGAUACAGAGAAGGCAAUGAUGAAAUAGAUGGCAGGAUCAUGUCUCCAAUGGGAUCUGCCAGUGAAAUGGUUCCUCCAACACCAGCCUUUCCCAUCUCCCCACCAACACCAUAUGUAAAAAGUCCAGAUUUUUCUAUGAUGGGCCUUUGUGACCCACCGACUAGCAGUAACUCAGAGAUGUACAGGCUGACACAAGAACCCAAAAAUUACAUGGAGAACAUAAGCCAUUCAGCAGUGACGUCAGACAGCAAUGUGGGAGCCAUGUACAGAGCUGAUGCCCAGAUGACAUCCACUUCCUGUCAGAGACCCUUAGGAUCUAUGUGUUCAGGAUCCACUGGUAGACCAGACCCACAAACAGAAAGCCCCUUGUCCUCUGGGCAGCUGUGGUCAGAGAGUAACUCAAAGCCCCCUGUUUCCCUUCAGUCCUCUUUGACCGGGAAGAGCCGGUCCACCACCCACUAUCUUGGCUAUGCAGAGUACUCAGCCAGCUCUGUCAGCCCCAGCCAAGACUCUGUUUUUCUGUCCCAGUACACUGCCUCCCAGAUACCCCCAAACAGUCACAGUUCUCCUAGGGAGCUUCAGCAAGAUAAUCUGGCCAACAACCAAGGCACCAAAGCCUGUCGGAGCUACAGCAGUAGCAGCAGCGAUGUCAGUGGUGGGCAACAGUUUGAAGGGCAGCACACUUCCAUGUUUGCCAGUCUCCCUGUGGGCACAAACUCUCCCAGCAUUGAGAACAUGCAGGUGUCAGCCUUAUUAGACAAUAAUCACGGUCUGCUAAUAGCAGAUGGGGGACCCAGCCAGCACAGCCCCACUUUAAGGCCCACAGGCAUGAACAUAACUUUGCAACCUCCGCUGCCAGAAAAGAAGAGGGUCUCUGAGGGAGAACGUUCCUUCUGCUCCAUAUCUCCUUCCUCAAGUGGGUUUUCCAGUCCUCACAGUGGGAGCACCAUCAGCAUACCAUUCCCAAGUGUCCUUCCAGAUUUCUCCAAAGUUUUAAGCACUUCACCCAUGCCAGACAACUCUUCAAAUAAGCAAGUGACUGUAAAAUUUGUACAAGACACCUCCAAAUUCUGGUACAAGCCAGACAUCUCGAGGGACCAAGCGAUUGCAGUCUUGAAGGAUAAAGAGCCAGGUUCUUUCAUUGUCCGAGACAGCCAUUCAUUCCGGGGUGCAUAUGGAUUGGCUAUGAAGGUUGCUACGCCCCCUCCUUCUGUCCUGCAGCAAAACAAGAAAGUGGGAGAUUUGUCCAAUGAACUUGUCAGGCAUUUCCUAAUCGAGUGCACACAAAAAGGAGUAAGGCUAAAGGGCUGCCCAAAUGAACCCUACUUCGGAAGUCUUACAGCAUUGGUUUGUCAACAUUCCAUUACCCCACUAGCAUUACCAUGCAAACUUAUCAUCCCGGACAGAGAUCCUCUUGAGGACACUGGAGAGUCGAUGUCACAGUCUGCAACAAACUCUGCUGCUGAGCUGCUUAAACAAGGAGCAGCCUGCAAUGUGUGGUAUUUGGGCUCAGUGGAAAUGGAAUCCCUCACUGGCUGUCAAGCAGUGCAGAAAGCUGCAAGCAUAUCUUUAGCCAUGGAUCCUCCCCCAACCUCCACUGUGGUGCACUUCAAGGUGUCGGCUCAAGGCAUCACACUCACAGACAAUCAGAGGAAACUAUUUUUCAGAAGACAUUAUACUGUCAAUACUGUUAUCUUUUGCGCUUUGGACCCACGGGACAGAAAGUGGACAAAGGAUGGAGGCUUUUCAAAAAUUUUUGGAUUUGUAGCAAGAAAGCAGGGAAGUGCAACUGACAAUGUGUGCCACCUCUUUGCUGAGCAUGACCCAGAGCAGCCUGCCAGUGCCAUCGUCAACUUUGUGUCAAAAGUAAUGAUAGGCUCACAGAAGAAUAAAUAGUACAAAACACCCACCCUCAAAAAGAAGUGACUUUUCAGUUUGUAUGAGUGUACUUUUAACAGGUUGUACAAGACUGAUGAAGGUGGUAUGUGUAAGGUCUAUUUUGGAAAGGGCGCUCUGUGUUAGUGGCACUGGUCUGAGAUCAGAGGAGUAUUUAAGAUACGUGGCUGACGAAUGGUUUAAUUAUGUCGUGGUUAAGGGCGAACGCUGGGUAAUAUAUGUGUCACAAAUUAAGAAAUAAUAGGACAACUAAAGGUUAUUUUAAAUGAUUGAGGGACUAAAACAGUAUAGACCUGUAACAUGUAUUUAUAUGUCUUUACUAGAAUAUUUGUAUUAGACUGCAAAAAACUGCCUGUUUUUAAUUUUGCUCACUUGUCAUGUGCCUCGGCUUUACCUUUAAAAAAAAAAAAAAAAAAAAAAAAAAAAAACACGGAUAUUGAUGUGCCUUUCUGUAGGUUUAUUUGUAAGGAUUUCCUGUUGAAAGGUCAAGGUUUUAAAGAUGCAUUAUCCACACAAGAGCUUAGAUAAGAACUGAUAUGAUGUACAUUGCAACCUGCUCUCUGUUGGGUGUCUCGAUCAAAGUAGUUGAUGAAAACAGUUUAAUUUUGUUUUCAUUGAGAUGGACAAAAUACUAAGCUAGUUGCAUUCUAAUCAGUAAAGAGUGACCAGGGCAGUUUCCACAAACCUGAAUAGACCCUUUUCUGAUCUUGUCGGACUAAACAUGGUAGUCAGCUUUUUCUUAAGUGAGACCUAAUGUGGACUUUAAGUUUUUUGGGAAUGUCUUGCUAAACUGAAUGUUUUGUUGAAAUGAUAGAAAACCUUGGAUAAAUCUUAUUCAUAAGGGGGGGGGUUAAGAUCACUGUUAGCACAGGUGUUCUACCCUAGGCUACUCAGGGGUUUAUUUCACUGAUAAACUGGAAUGGUUUAAACCAAGUGUUUUCUUAUACAUCAGGUUAUAUUGUGUUCACAAAUGAAACAAAUCAUAAAAUGAAUUCAGAUAAACCCUCGCCCAAAACUAAAAUCGGCUAGAAUCACAGAAUUACAUUAAGUAGUCAAAGAAAGGGAAUGCCCAAAUCCUGUUGUAAAUGAUUCUUGCUUCUAAUGUAUUUCUUUUGUGUGUGCCAUUCAAUGUGGUAUGUACUUCAAAAGAGCAUUGUUUAGAUUAUCAGCACAAAUGGAGAAUCCAUCUUUUAAAACCUGAAAAUAUUGUCUUUGAUUACAUUGUGUAACAAAAAAACAUUUUUUUUUGUUCCUGGGUAGUAAGU